AUGUCUUGUCAGAUGGAAGAGAUGGACGAGAAUUUUUCCAUGGCACCUUUGUGGAGUAUUCCUUCUCCAGGCAUAGAUUGUGUACUUCCAAAUUACGUAGGCUACGAUCAUACUAAUGGUGCUGAAAGCACUUUUUGGUGUGUUGAUGUUAAUGACAAAAUUUCACCAAGUCAAGUGUUAGGUAAAAAUCAGGAAUAUAGAUCGGAGUGGCCAUUGCUAACAAACAGUGCAGACGAAGAGGGAAAAGUGGUUUCAUACAGUGGAGUUGGCAACGAUAAUUUUAAAAAUACUGAUUAUAGUAGUAACGAUGUUUUCUGGUUGUACGAAUUCAUGGAUGUUUAUGGGAUAAAUGAUUUAAGCUCAGAUGAUAAAUUCAAUGUUAAUAAUAUCGACGUCCCAAAUUUCGCCCCGCAUUUAAAAGAAAGUUAUUCAGCAUGUCGGCAAACUUUGGUAGUGGAAAUAAAUAAAAAUGAAGCUUCAAAUACUAUGCUGCAGUCGUGCACUUCAAAUAUUUCGAGUGGUCGUUAUCAAAAAACGAAUACAGUAUCAAGUCAUGAUGGAAAGUGUUGUAGUGUUUGUGAACGUAAACGGGAAUUAAAUCGCUGUGCAGCCGUUAAAUACAGAGGAAAACGCAGAGAAAAAGCAAGGCAAAGAAAGGAAGAGCUGCAUGAACUUGAACUACUAAACGUGAAGUUAAAAACCGAAUUAAGUUGGCUCCAGAAAGAAGAAGCAUGCUUUGAUCGAUUAUAUUGGCCAGGGAUUGAAGUAGAGGCACAACAUCAAGGCCUAGGCUUGGGCUUUUUUUCUAUGGAAGGAAGGCUUUUGAGCCAAGGCAUAAGGCUUCUCAGGGAAAUCAUUGGGCCAAUGGCUGAACGUUAUUUCAGAAUUUCUAUUUUUCUCAGUUUCAUGUAA